AUGGAAGUUGACCAAUGCACUGCACCUAUGAAAACCGGUGCACCCUUCGUGCAUCUCCCGAGAACAAUAGGAUGGGACGAAAUUUCCAAACGGACAGGCUUGUCCUUCCGGAUUCGCAUCCCUUCCCCAUGCCAAGGGACGCCAGGGCCAACACCUGCGUUCGCCGUCGGGACGACAGGGCCAACACCUACGUUCGCCGUCGGGACGGUGGAGGAGACAGGACUGAUGAGAUAUCCGAUUCGGAGAAACACUUCAGAAAAGGCAAAGAAGCUUGGAGCCAAGAUCAAACGACAGAGAAAUUACUAUGGAGAUGCAUGCAAUCCUAAAGGAAUCCCUAUCUCGACACGAAACAAUUACGUGGAUUUUCAUCUGCGUAAAAUUCCUCACAACUGA